AGAUGGGCCGUGACACCUCACAUCGUCCGCCACUUGCAUCUGCCCCGCGCGCGCGCGCACGGCCGCUCGCGCCGCGCGCUGACCGCCGCCGGCGUCUGCUAUUGGUCCGAUUAGCGCGCGGACGGCCGGUUUUGGCGCGCCGGCAGAGCGGAGCGCCCGGGGGUGCCAGUUGCACAUCGUGCACGUCACCAUGGAGCUCUCCUGGUGGACCGGGCUGCUGGCGCUGCUGGUGAUUGCCGCGGCUCCUCUCCCACGACCAGCAGAGGCGGAAACUCAGCCUGUUUUUGCUCAGCCGAUCGGCAACCAGGAAGUAGUGGCCUCCAGGAGCGCCGCCCUGAAAUGUGUCGUGGAAAACCUCGGCGAUUAUCAGGUGGCGUGGAUCCACCUGGAGCGGCAGAUGAUCCUCACCAUUCACGACAAGGUGAUCACGAGCAUUCCCCGCUUCAAGCUUGUGCAGGACGACCCCAACACGUGGGUGCUGCACAUCUCACAGGUCCAGCGCAGUGACGGCGGCCUCUACAUGUGCCAGGUCAACACUGCACCGCUCAUGUCGCAGAUUGGCUCGCUGAAGGUGUUUGAGCCACCGAAGAUAAUAGACGACAACAGUACCAAGUCAGAAGUCUCAGUCAAGAGCCGUCAAAACGUGACGCUGACGUGCGCGGCUACCGGAGUACCGGAGCCGACCAUCCAGUGGGUCAGAGAGGAUGGCCGCCCUUUGCGGGCGGCUGUGGUCCACCGCGGCCGACAUAGCCACCGAGGGCGUCACCGGCAGCACGGCAGACGGGACCAGUACAGCAGGCACGACCAGUACGGCCGGAGGGACCAGUACGGUCAGCGGGAGCAGUUCAGCCGCGGUGGAGAGAGUGAUCAGAAUAUCUCUCGCCUACCGGAGACCAUCAAGGGCGACACUCUGCAUUUGGUCCAUGUCACACCGUCCGAUAUGGGGGCCUACCUGUGUAUGGCUAAAAACGAGAUUCCACCCACUGUCAGCAAGCGGAUACAACUCUUUGUAGAAUUUAAGCCGAUGAUCUGGGUUCCGAAUCAGCUGAUGGACGGCGUCCAGGGCUCAUCGGUGACAAUGAGAUGUCGCAGCGAGGCAUACCCGGAGCCAAUCGUCUACUGGAGGAAGAUGAUCGGCAAAGAGGGGCAUCUCAUUAUCGACGAGCGGAAGGGAAAAUACGACAUUGAAAUCAGGCACUACGAAUACAAAACUGAGAUGCUGCUGACGAUUCAUCACCUGAAUUCGUCUGAUUUUGGCUCCUAUAAGUGUAUCUGCGAAAACUACAUAGGAAAAGUUGAUGGAUCUAUCACACUAAACGAAAUACUGCAGCCCACCACCGAGCGGGUAACGACGGAGGCCUACCGACCCUGGAAGCCCGUUACCGACAUCGUCACAUUCAGAAACGGUGUUGGAGAGCAGGGUGGACUGUACGGCGACGUCUACCUACCGGAUCAGGACGAGCUGGGGGAUGACCUCCUUGAGGAGGAGCUGGAGCGCGAGAGGAAGCGCUACGGCCUCAGAGAGGGCUACAACUGGGAGCAGCACAACAGGAACAAAGAAGGGGACAAAUCGUCGUCACGGAAGGUGUCGCUGCAAUCGAGUCUGCUGCUGGCUCCGGCGCUCCUCGCCACGCUCACGUCCAAGUUGUGAGGACCUCUUCUCGCUCUCCCAGGCCCCUGUGUUGCCACGCCAUCGACAAGAGGCAUCAGCGGAAUCGAAAUGGAUAAUGAGAGGUGGUAAUAGAAAUGAUAGCACGGUAAGGUAUGAUAGGACCUAACUCCGUUCACGCCGACGAUCAGUGCAGUUGAUUAGGCUUGACGAGUUACAACAUGGAACAGCGGCCUAGCUUGUGACGCUUCACGAUAUCUACCGCCCGCUGAAGUUGAGUGCAACGCCAGUGCUGUUACCUGACGGUUAGCAAGGUAUCGAUGCGCGCUGGUGCUGGAGUUUUGUGGUGGUCGGAGCGGAGGUGCUGCCAUCUAGCCCGGCCUCACCUACGGUGGAGAGGGCGCUCCUCGGCAGCGUGCUGUAGUCUGUGAAUGGUCGUACAGGUGCUGCCCUCUUCAGAUCAGUGCAGUGGUUUGGCGCUGCCGCUCAUCGAAUGGUUGAGCAUCCGCAAUCAGCCAGCUGCGGCCGUCCCGCCAGUAUGCACUAUUGAUCUCAAUCUAAGGGUUCCAGCGACCAAAUGGCGAUGCAAUCAGCAUCCUUAUUCUCGCCUCACUCAACUGAGACGGGAAGCACUCUGACAACUGGGUCGUUCUGAAAGCUGACAGCUGUCGAUCUUAGAACUCGGUGUUAUUCAGGGCGCAUCCAAAACUACUUAUCGCUGGAACUCUUAUCUUGAGAUCGACAUUGCGUACGUCGUACAUACGCAAUUACAAUGCUACGUCGGUUGCUGCUGAUGUAGCGUGACUGUGCAGCGCUGUUACGGGAUCGGCUAGCGCUUACAGUCGAUUCGAGUCGGCUACCCGAGACCUUGUGUGCACUCUAUGAGUCCAGUCGCAUACGGCGUCUUCAGAAAAAUCAAAGAUAUCCCGCUUAGAUGAGAGGUUUGUGACGUUUACUAUGGGAUCCGACUGCAUGGAUUUAUGUCCGUAUAUUUAGCCUUGUGCCAAGUAUCUAUUGUUAUCAUGUAACUGUUGUUCGAGGUAGACUUACUGCAAGUAGCAGUUUCGAUCUGCUUGCUUCUUGUGCGCUGUUCUAUCAAGCAAUGCCAAAUAUAGUCCAUUGUCUUGUUAACCUGAUUUACAUACCCAAGCUUCUGCUACUUAAACAUAUAACAUAUCAUAGCAAUCUAUGUACUAUUCACUUCUGUUAAGCACAAAUAAUUGUGAAAGCACAAUACAGUGAGCGUGAACACUUU